GUUGGAAGUAUUUUAAAAUUAACUAGGUUAGUGAGGAAAACGAGUGGAUGUUUUAUUAUUGUAGCAAGCCUUGCCGUAAAUCGUCCUGUACUUAUUCCUUCUUACUUUCUUGCUCCUUUACUGGACUGUGAUUGAGCAGUAGCAGUAGCAGUAGCAGCCCCUUCCCUUCCCUUCCCUUCCCUCCCCUUCCCUUUCCUACCUCACCUCACCUCGCCUGCACUUUCAAAACCAGUCCGUACUUUCCAAUUGGAAUCCCGCCAGCCAGUCAGUCAUUCAUUCGUUAUUUAAAAACCUUCAAAGGAGACCGACUCUAUUCUGCCCAUACACAGACAUCCCAUCCAUAUACCACACACACUCAUAAACUCAUAAACUCAUAGCCCCUUUCUCCCUCUUCUCCAUCCUCUCCUUCUUCUUCCCCCAAACUCGGAUUGUCUGAUGCAUUUCCAACACAUGACGGCAAUCAAUUAAAUUUCAAUCUAUCCCAUCUUGUCUGGAACUUCCGGCCAUAUCCAAGCCAAUUUCCGAUUCAAUAUUGAAAGCCGCCUCCCAGUCUCCCGCAAGAGAUAACAUACAUGCACGAUUGCGCUUCGUGAUCCUUUUGGAAGAAAAAAAAAAGUUACAGUAACCUACUCAGCUCCCUUCCGCAGCCGAACUUUAUCUCAACGAACUUUUAAUUAUUCGAUUUACAACAACGAAUUGUGCUUCCUGCACUGUGCACCAGCACCCUACAGGUGAAGCAUCACCUUCACAAUGGCAACAGGCCUUCCUAUGGAAUCUCGUACGGGGAGAAAUAACCAGCGUUAUGGCCCAGAAGGAGAAAGACUCGUUGCAGGAGUUGUCCCUUUGAACGAAGCAAAAACUCACGUCCUCCUCAUACAAUCUACACGUCGCAACGCAUGGGUUUUACCUAAAGGUGGAUGGGAGACUGAUGAAGAAUGCACUCAAGCAGCACAGCGUGAAGCAUGGGAGGAGGCAGGAAUCGUUUGUACCGUUGAUUAUGAUCUGGGUCAAAUCACCGAAACCAGAACUGCCAAACAAAUCUCGAAAAAUGCACCCAAAGCACUUUACCAAUUCUUCCAAGUCACCGUUACAAGUGAAGAGACAGAUUGGCCCGAGAGGCAUAAGAGGAAUCGAAAGUGGGCGACAUAUUCAGAGGCAAAACAGGAUCUUCAAGAGCGUCCAGAAUUAUUACAGGCUCUUGAACGUUGUACCAUUCAACGGUAGCCUUGGGGGCCCGGUGUUUAUUCUCCAACAAUUCGCUGUAGUAGGACGGUCGAAGAGACAACGAUACACAGUACACACACACAUACACACACACACACACACACUACACGAUGCACAAAGAUAUUCCUUUCCAUCCGAUCGAGUCGGGAUUGAGUAAUAAUAAGUUUUUGAGAUCGGUCGUACUGUAUACACAUCAGUUGCAGUGUUAAUUCAACGAGUUAUGGAUACCGGGUUCCUUUGAAAAAUAAGUAAAAAAGAGAUUUUGAGGAUUUUAUUUUUUGGGUUGGUUGGUUGGUUUUCUUCAAGAAAAUUGCUGCUUUACUCUUCUUUUUUUCGUCUGCACUAGAUGGCCAAAUACAGUCGGAUCUAAUGCAGUGUGUUCUCAUCACUCACAUGUUGUUCUAUGGUCAUUUUUUCUAUUGAACAUCAUAUAUUUACCUACUUGAGGUUUUUCUUCGACAUCUUCAUUAUUACAUAUCUCCCAAAAAGCGCCAUGACAUGUCACAUUUUGAGAUCUUCAUUGACUUCAACUACUUGAGUACUAACUUGUACUGUUCUUGCUAUAUCUCAUGAAGUGGACAGUGUUUCUACUAACAGUCCAUGGACAUCUCUAUUAACAUUGGGGGAAAAGAAAACAAAGGGAAGCAGGAAAAGAUUGAUUCGAUACUGAACAAUAUAUAGAGAGAGAAAUAAAGAGCAAUAUCUGGCUGGCAUCUUCAAGAGCCAUGUCCUGGACAACGUUUCUUCUUUGCCCUCCAAAAUAACUGUGGUAGGGAAAGAGCAUACUAUCAUAUUUCAUUCCAGUAGGUUUGAGGGGGGGAUUCACUUUGCAAAUUCAGAUAGAAAUAGAUAGAGAGACAUCACAACAUUCAAAACAAGGCCAUUAUUCAAAUUUUCUGAUAUCAAAUCCAAUCAUCAUAAUA